AUGACAUCAGGUGGUGAUAUGUUCACUCAUUCAUUCAUUCAUUCAUUCUUCUCUUUUAGUGGAGAAACGAGACUCAACAAAGAGAAAAUCCUUCAAGGGCAGGGCGUGGACGAGCCCCUCUCAGACGCCGGCCACGUGCAGGCUGCGGCGGCCGGCCGGUUCCUGAGCCGCGUGGUGUUCACACACGCCUUCUCCAGUGACCUUACCAGGACCAAGCAGACUAUUCACGGGAUUUUGCAGGAAAGCAAAUUCUGCAGACAGCUGACGGUGAAGUACGAUCUGAGACUUCGGGAAAGGAAGUACGGGAUCGCCGAGGGCAGAGCCCUGAGUGAGCUGCGGGCCAUGGCCAAGGCUGCUGGGGAGCAGUGCCCGGCCUUCACCCCGACCGGAGGCGAGACGCUGGCACAGGUGAAAACGCGUGGGAAGGAUUUCUUCGAGUCUCUGUGUCAGCUCAUCGGGGACGAAGCUGCCAGCAGAGGCCCGGCGCCCCCCAGCGCCCCGAGCCAGCGCCUGGAGACCCUGCUGGCAGAGGUUUCCCCUCCAGGACAAAGUGACAGGUGGGACUCGAACUCACAGCCCGCCGGCCCGGGCCUGGCAGCCAGCGUCCUGGUGGUGACCCACGGCGCGUACAUGAGAAACCUGUUCGAUUACUUCCUGACCGACCUCAAGUGCUCCCUGCCCCCCGCCCUGGGCAAAUUCGAACUCACGUCCGUCAGCCCCAACACGGGGAUCAGCGUGUUCCUGGUGAGCUGUGAGGAGGGCCGGCGGCCCGCGCUCCAGUGUGUGUGCAUGAACCUGGUGGAGCAUCUCCACGAGGCCCCCGACACUGCCUGAGGGGUGUGGGUCGCCCCCAGACCCUCCCAGCCCCGGAGCGGGGGGGUCCCCCGGCCCGCUGUAUUUCCAGACACGGCGAAGAACUGGCCCCAUCAAACAGCAGCAUCCACCUGCCCGUGCACCUGCCGCUGCCUGUGUCUUGUUAUUUCUUCGUGCUGGUCCUGGGAC